AGCCCGUCAACCGCCGUAGUUUUCGCUUUGCAGGCUGCGUUGGGUUGCUUACUUUGUCGGCGACUUGAUAGGUCCUCAUGGACGUCCUCUCUGGCAAUCAACCCGCUCCGGGAGAAAUGGAAAAUCUCCCGUUUCCAGCACAAACGAGGCAGGCUGCUGGAGUCAUAGGGGGCGUUCAGACAGACGUGAUGGCAGUAUCGUUUUCGGAUAAGAUUCUAGUGACAAUAUCGCAGAAUGGGAGACUAGCGCAUUGGCUGCACGUCCCUCUCGAAAACACAAACCCUGGUACGAGCGGCUACCAUACGAUACCCGACGAAGGCGACGAUAGCUUACUUCCUCUUGCCGAACUGACAGCAACAACGGUGCUGGGCGGACGCUCUGGCGAGUUGGAGAGCAUUGGUCAUUUAUAUGCUUGCCAGAUCGCCAACGCUAUCGCAACGAAGAACCCGAGCGAGAAAAGGCUCCUCGUUGUGGGCCUUGGAUUGGACAAGCUGGAUGCGGACCGCGACAUUUUCUUUGGUAUUAUCGACCUGGUUCUGCGAUGCAUAUGAUGAUGGAGAAAGAUUUCCCCAAAUUUCACUUACAUCUUCCCCCUUUAACGCCCACCGUUCGGUGCUUGAAAUGUGGGGAGUUUAAAAUUCCACAUGUAAGAUGAAGUAGAUCCGCUUCCAAGUCGUGGAAUCUGUCCAUCUUUGAGGCUGGCAAUUAUUUACGCCGGGAGAUGAUUCGACAUUCGACAGGCUUACAUUUACGCACAUAACGAAAGGAAGUAAUUUUCCAGCUUCCCGGUCGUGCUAGUGCAGAAGCGUUAUAAGUGGAAGCAUCACAAUCAGAGAGACUGAACGCUACGAGAUCUUAAGCAAUCCCAAGGGUGUCUAGGGGAGAUUCUUAACAAUUUUUGAUGGGAGUAUUGGAAGCUAUGAUUAAUUCUUCUACGAUCUCUUGAGCUGUCUUUACUGCGAUCGCGAUCGAGUUGCACCAGAAUGCGCUUGUCAUAGAACUGCGUCAUGGGUUCAUAACUAUGUAUAAAGCUAUCACACAGAGCAAGAGUAGAGUAUUAUCAACUAUUAUGGGUACAUUCAUGGAAAAGAAA